UCUUCACAGCUAAGUGGCAAAACAUAAAAGAACAUCAGGAUGCCUGUGAUUCAGCGUGGGACUGCAUCGCUGCGCAAAGCAAAGAAAAUCAAUGUGAAAAUAAGUUUAGAUGACCCCUAUGUUAUUCAGUGGAAAGCCAUAGAGGGCGAUGAUAUGCAUUUUAUACUACAGACUUUAGAAGAAAGGAUUAAACAUAUUGGACUUAAAAAGAUUGAGGCUCCAAGGAAGAAAAGACGUUCCGCUACAAAAAAGCAAAUGGCAAGAGAGGGUGAUAUUGCCAGCAGUGAACUCCCUAAAGAGGAGGAGACAGAAGGCAGUCGCCCAGAACCAGGAUGGUCUGAUCUAAAUAUCAGAAGGCAGCUGGCCAUUGGAAUUAAUGAAGUUACAAAAGCUUUGGAAAAAAAUGAACUUAUUCUCAUGCUGGUGUGUAAAUCUGCAAAACCUGACAUGAUCACAUCGCAUCUCAUUCCUCUGAGUGCAAGUCGAGCAACCCCAGCAGGUCAGGUUCCCCGUCUCAGUGAAACCAUCGCGCCGCUUCUUGGCCUAAGCUCCGUUCUAGCGCUAGGCUUUAAAAGGCAGUCUGAUAAAUUCACUGAGGUGGUGGAAGCAAUAAUUCCAAAGAUACCUGCCUUGGAAGUGCCGUGGAUUAUUCAGUACGGAGCUGAACAGUCUGUGGCAGAUGCACAUUCGGAUUCUUCAGAAACUCAAGAUCCGGAGCAGCUUGCGGAACCACCGGGGGAAGAGCCUGCAAGCCAGAAGCGGAAGCGUGCGGAAAGCAAUCAGCCUGGCUUUUCAAACGUAGUUCUGCAGCCUUUGAAAAUCAAGAAGCUUCUUCCAAAUCCCAAUAAGAUAAAGAAACCUCCUCGCAAGAAGAGAAAAGCUCUCUCAAUGUAACUGAUUUUAGUCC